AGCGCCUGUGGAAUAAGACACUUAAGUGAUCCGGUGUACUGACGCGUACUUUGUGUGGACAACUAUAAUAAUAUUUUUUACUGUAACAAUAGCAAGCGUGACAUUGUCGGCCAACUCGGACUUUCUGGGGAAAAGCUUUGUUCCUGGCCGUUCAGAUAUUUCGCUGUUUCUGACGCUCCGGUGUACCAGCUGAGUCGGGUGAAAUUACACAUCCAGGACUUUCUUUUUUUGUUGUUGUUGUUGGACAACUUACUCAAAAGAAAAGUCACCAUGGCAGAGACAUCGGCAGCUCCAGCCAAAGCUAAAAAGACAUCCAAGCCCAAGAAACCUGCUUCUCAUCCCAAAUACUCGGACAUGAUAAAAGCGGCAAUCGUUCACGACGCCAGCCGGAGCGGAGCGUCCCGUCAGUCCAUCCAGAAGUACGUGAAGAAGAACUUCAAGGUGGGCGAGAACGUCGAUGUGCAGAUUAAAUUAGCCCUGAAGAGGCUGGUGGAAAGCGGGAUGCUGCGCCACACCAAAGGCAUCGGCGCGUCCGGAUCCUUCAAGCUGACCAAACCAGAGGACUCCAAAAAACCAAGCAAGGCAGUGGUGUCUGCCAAGCCAAAGAAGGCUGCGAAGACCACCAAACCCAAGAAGUCGGUCAAGCCCAAGAAGGUGGCCAAGACGCCGGAGAAGCCCAAGAAGGCAGCUGUGAAGAAAGUAAGAAAGGUCGCGAAAAAGGCGACGCCAACGAAAGCCAAGAAGGCACAAGCUAAGAAAUCCAAGCCAGUCAAGCCCAAGGCAAAACCAGCAAAGAAGGCAAUCAAGCCCAAGGCAAAACCGACAAAGAAGGCAACCAAAACAGCAAAAAAGAAGUGAAAGGACAAUAUCAAAGAGACUAACUCACUGUAAAUACUUCAGGAAAUGUUUGCGUAUAUGUAUUAUUUUUGUAAGGUCUUAUCCAAACUUAUGCUGUUUUUACCAGUAGUUUCCCUCCAUUGCACUAUUGCCUAGAUGCUGUAGAAAUAAUUGUGAACAUUUUUGUUUGGCGUUAAUACUACUAUUCAUUUCAGUCUGAUCCUUGGAUACAAAUAGGCUAGUCUAGGGUCUUGCUUAAAGGAAGAAAAAAAAAAUGUAUGUACAGUUUAACUAUUGAAUAGUUAUUGUUCCUGCACGAGGCCAUACUGAAAAUACAAAUGUGUCAAUGGUGGGCAUUGUCGAGCCUUUACAAUGUACAGACCAUAGGCAGUGGACGUCAGCAAGAUUUCCCUAAAGGCUCUAUAGUUGUCAUUCAAGCUCCAUUCUGUAUAUUUCCUCAUGUUCAGACGACUCUUAAUCUACAAACAUCUCACUGUGUUCAGUAACUUUUAAAGACUGUUUAUACUUCAACCCAAUAAACCUUUGUCAUCUUGUA